CGCCAUCACCCCCCGCAUCUGCAUGCCCCCUCCCACCCCCUGUCGUAGACAGCUUGUACACAAAAGGAGGGAGGGAGAGGGAGAGAGCGGGAGCCAGAACUUCCUCCACCUUCGGGAGCACCAGGCGGAGUGGGGGGUUCGGAGGGGAGACCGAGGAGCCGGGGAAGAAGGGGGCGCCCAUUGCCCGCCCCCCCCCAUUCGGCUCCGCUUGCCAACCUUCUCCCCGUGUGUCUGUCGGUUGCAGUGUCGGAGAUUGGCGCGGGCCCCCGCCCUCCGCGCCCCCCACGGGAAGGAAGCACCCCCCUAACUAAAAGGAGCCGAGCGGAAAGAAGCCCUCAUUCGCCCGCCCGGAGGCGAGCCGAUGCCGAGCUGUACUGCGGCCACCAUGCCAGGGAUGAUCUGCAAGAACCCAGACCUUGAGUUUGACUCGCUGCAGCCCUGCUUCUACCCGGACGAAGAUGACUUCUACUUCGGCGGCCCCGACUCGACCCCCCCGGGGGAGGACAUCUGGAAGAAGUUCGAGCUGCUGCCCACGCCCCCGCUGUCGCCCAGCCGUGCCUUCCCGGAGCACAGCCCCGAGCCCCCGAACUGGGCCACCGAGAUGCUGCUGCCCGAGGCCGACCUGUGGGGCAACCCGGCCGAGGAGGACGCGUUCGGCCUGGGGGGCCUGGGCGGCCUCACUCCCAACCCGGUCAUCCUCCAGGACUGCAUGUGGAGCGGCUUCUCGGCCCGCGAGAAGCUGGAGCGCGCCGUGAGCGAGAAGCUGCAGCACGGCCGCGGGCCCCCGGCUGCCGGUCCCGCGGCCCCGGCCCCGGGAACGGGCGCCACCAGCCCUGCGGGCCGCGGGCACUGUGCGGCGGCGGGGGCGGGCCGCGCCGGGGCCGCCCUGCCCGCGGAGCUCGCCCACCCGGCCGCCGAGUGCGUGGAUCCCGCCGUCGUCUUCCCUUUCCCCGUGAACAAGCGCGAGCCCGCGCCCGCCGCUCCGGCCGGUGCCCCGGCGGCCGGCGCUGCUGCGGUCGCCUCGGGGGCGAGUGCCGCGGCCUCGGCCGGCGCCCCGGCGGCCGUCCCCCCGCGCCCCGGCGGCCGUCCGGCCAGUGGCGGUGACCACAAGGCUCUCAGCACCUCCGGAGAGGACACCCUGAGCGACUCAGAUGACGAAGAUGACGAAGAGGAAGACGACGAGGAGGAAAUCGAUGUGGUGACCGUGGAGAAGCGGCGGUCCUCCUCCAACAGCAAGGCCGUCACCACCUUCACCAUCACUGUGCGCCCCAAGAACGCAGCCCUGGGCCCUGGGAGGGCCCCUCCGGGGGAGCUGAUCCUCAAGCGCUGUGUCCCCAUCCACCAGCAGCACAACUACGCCGCCCCAUCACCCUACGUGGAGAGCGAGGACGUGCCGCCCCAGAAGAAGAUCAAGAGCGAAGCAUCGCCCCGCCCCCUCAAGAGCGUCCUCCCCCCCAAGGCCAAGAGCUUGAGUCCCCGCAACUCCGACUCGGAGGACAGCGAGCGCCGCCGGAACCACAACAUUCUGGAGCGUCAGCGCCGGAACGACCUGCGCUCCAGCUUCCUCACGCUCAGGGACCACGUGCCGGAGCUGGUGAAGAACGAGAAGGCCGCCAAGGUGGUCAUUUUGAAAAAGGCCACCGAGUACGUCCACUCCCUCCAGGCCGAGGAGCAUCAGCUUUUGCUGGAGAAGGAGAAGUUGCAGGCCAGGCAGCAGCAGUUGCUAAAGAAGAUCGAACACGCUCGGACUUGCUAAACGUUUCUCGAAACUGGACAGUCACUCUGCCACUUUGCACAUUUUGAUUUUUUUUUUUUUUUUUUUAAACAAACAUUGUGUUGACAUUAAGAAUGUUGGUUUACUUUCAGAUCGGUCCCCCGUCGAGUUUGGAUCUGGGUGGGGAGCAGGACAUGGGGGGGUUCUGCGCGAUGGGA